AAGCCCAUCCUGCUGCAGGGCCAUGAGCGAUCCAUCACGCAGAUCAAAUAUAACCGUGAGGGAGACUUGCUGUUCACCGUAGCUAAGGAUCCGAUUGUCAACGUGUGGUAUUCGGUGAACGGGGAGAGAUUGGGCACCUAUAAUGGGCACACAGGAGCUGUUUGGUGUGUGGAUGCUGAUUGGGACACAAGGCAUGUGCUCACUGGCUCUGCAGAUAACAGCUGUCGUCUCUGGGACUGUGAGACAGGGAAGCAGCUGGCCCUGGUGAAGACCAGCUCAGCAGUGAGGACAUGUGGCUUUGACUUUGGAGGGAACAUCAUCAUGUUUUCCACGGACAAGCAGAUGGGAUAUCAGUGCUUUGUGAGCUUCUUCGACCUGAGGGACCCCAGCCAGAUUGAGAACAAUGAGCCUUACAUGAAGAUUCCCUGCAGUGAUUCCAAGAUCACCAGUGCUGUGUGGGGCCCUCUGGGAGAGUUCAUCAUUGCAGGGCAUGAGAAUGGAGAGCUCAACCAGUUCAGUGCCAAGUCAGGGGAGCAGCUGUCCAACAUCAAGGAGCACACCAAGCAGAUCAACGACAUCCAGACCUCCAGGGACAUGACCAUGUUCAUCACUGCCUCCAAGGACAACACAGCCAAGCUCUUUGACUGCACCUCCCUGGAGCACCUGAAGACGUUCCGGACGGAGAGACCAGUGAACUCUGCUGCCCUCUCCCCCAUCUUUGACCAUGUGGUGCUUGGUGGUGGGCAGGAGGCCAUGGAUGUGACCACAACCUCCACCAGGAUUGGCAAAUUCGAGGCCAGAUUCUUCCACUUGGCUUUUGAGGAGGAGUUUGGCAGAGUGAAGGGUCACUUCGGUCCCAUCAACAGUGUCGCUUUCCACCCUGAUGGGAAGAGCUACAGCAGUGGGGGUGAGGAUGGCUACGUUCGCAUCCAUUACUUCGAUCCGCAGUACUUCGAGUUUGAAUUUGAGGCCUAAAGGAGGAUUUGCCUUUCCUCUUCUUUUUCCUCCUCCAACCCCUUGCCCAGUCCAUUGGCUCCAUCACAGGACUGUUGUAAGGCCUGAAGUUAUUCUGCUGCACAGCAGGAAGCACUUGGCAGCAAUUUUGGGAGCUGUGUGAAGGUUGGGAAGUUGGAAACACAAC